AUCAUCGUGCGUACAGCUCGUCACAGAUUGUCAGCGACAAAAACUGUGCAUACCAUACCACCUCAAACAGUUUAACGAUCUUCCGGUUGACUCAGUGAGUCGUGAUCGGUGAAUCCCACACUCGUGACCUCUGGCCGUUACGUCGCCCUGCCUGCUACCGUAGCCGUCUUUUUGCCAUCGCACCGGUGCGUUACACCACAAGAACCACGGAUUUAAGCGCGCGGCAGAUGCGUUCGCGAGCAUUUUCCUGUGAGUGCUGGUGCACGGCGCCGAUUGCGACAUGACGCUGCUUCCCAUCACGGUGACCACUCCUCUGGGAGUGAAGAAGGUGGCGCUGCUGCUGCCGUACGUCGUGUCGCAGCGCUACAAGUUCUUCUCGCUCUUCAUGUUCGGAGGCGCGUUUCUGCUCACAGCAGGAAUGCUCAACAGUUAUAAGCUAGCUUCAAGUAAUGUCAGCCUGUUUAAUUUAGCAGCAACAACGACAACGACAACAACAACGACAACGACGACGACCACAGUGGCGCCGCGAAUGGCGAUCUGCUACACGGCCCAAUUCAACUCUGCCCAGGCCAACGAGUACUUUGUGCUGACACAGAGAGACGGAGAGCCCGUCAUGCUUCAGGGAAACGCCUUCGGUGACCUGGUAACUGACACAGCCACGCCUCUCUUCCUGAAGCCAGGAGGUGACGAGAACUGUGCCAUGGACUCGCUGGAAACGCUGGCCUCCAGUGGCACAUUUGAUCUUAGUGAGAUGAUGUACUCGCUGACGUUCCCGAGCACGUACUCGAUCACCAAUGGCGGCACCGACCUGAACGGCAUGAACAUCUCGCUCAACAACCUCAACAACGGCUGCUGUACCAUCCAGAGGAUAUUCUAAACACCCGAGUUGUGCGGAGCGAUGCUAAAGCGAUGUGGCGACUUAUGUAUUUAGUAGCUAGUGCAUGCUAUGACAGCAGUUUGCACCUCGGUGUGGAUAAAAUUGGAGCUUGAAUGCUGCGGAAGGGAGGGUUGUUCGUUUAGGUAUUCGUCACGGGUUGCGCUGAUGUCUGUGAGGCAGCUCAAGUUGUGUGUGUUUGGUCAUAACCCUUUGCAGAUUUGCCAUCAUUAGACUAGUUGGUAAACUGAACGAGUUAUUGUCAAUGCGUUUAGCUGCUGGCUGCCGUAAGGUUGGUGUACUAUUGUUGUGUUUGUGUGGCUGCAUAACGAACUGUACCGUGUACAGCACGCGCACGUUUUCUCUGGGCAUUACACAGAAUCAUGAGGAAA